UGCGCGCUAAAUGUGUUGCUCUUGUACAUCUAAAAUGUAUUUUCAAAGGGAGACUAUUUGCAGAUGUUAAUAGCAUAAAUUAUCUAUUUUGGAAGAGAGACUGGGAAUGGUCAAUCGUUUUCGUUGUGAACUAUAUCGGAUCGCGGAGUAAUACCAAUGGUUGUAAAUCGAAAUGUCCUUAUGUGGAGAAGAGUAGGGGGUUGGGUUUGAUUGAUUAGUUGUAGGCGGAAACAACUUCCAACUACAACUUUGCACAGUUAUGGUAAAUUAUAUGCCAUGGACAAUUUCUUUCGUUUACACUAAUCUGUGCUAAUUCAUUUGACCGUGUUGCCUAAAGCUCACAGAGAACACGCAACAGCACUAUAUAGCUAGCUAGCUAGGUUUACUUGUUGAUAAAGUCGCUAGCUAAAUGCCAUUUAACUAGCUAGCUAUCUCUCGGUUAGUUGGAUUUCACGGCAAUUUGCAGCAACAAAUUGAGGAAUGGACAGUUUUUGAAUCAUUUCUGUUCGAUCACAACAUCGCUCAUUUACGCAUAAACCCAGUGGGUCCAUCGACCGCGGCGGCGCGAGAGGUUUGAAGGCCUGGGGGACAGGUUCGGAAUGUUGGGGGGAAACGGGGCAGGAUUAGGUACAAGAGCAGGGGGCGCACGACCUGGAAAUGGGACUGGGUUGACCGCUUUGCAAGUUAAUAACCCAGGAACGAACAUGAGUGGUGCCGAAGGUGGAAGGUUUGACGACCGAAUCAGAGAAUACUCAGCCGAGGUGGUGUACAGCGGCUCUGAACCAGAGUCCGAUUCCGGGGAUGAUGAUGAUACCAUGGGUUCAGCCGGGGACCGAAGAGGGGUGAAACGAGAGAGAGCUGAGAUGGAAGUCGCUGCAUCGACGACGUCUAUGGGGCAACCCCCGGGAGGUUAUGGUGGUGUCACGGGAGGUGCAACAGGGGCAAAGCCAGGCAAGAAAACCCGCGGACGAGUCAAGAUCAAAAUGGAAUUUAUAGACAACAAACUUCGGCGGUACACAACUUUUAGCAAGAGGAAGACUGGCAUUAUGAAGAAGGCCUACGAGCUCUCCACUCUAACGGGCACCCAGGUCCUCCUCCUGGUGGCCAGCGAGACGGGCCACGUCUACACGUUUGCCACACGCAAGCUCCAGCCCAUGAUUACCAGUGAGACGGGCAAGGCGCUCAUCCAGACGUGCCUCAACUCGCCCGAUUCGCCGCCCCGCAACGACCCGUCCACCGACCAGCGCAUGAGCGCCACAGGCUUCGAGGAGACGGACCUCACCUACCAGGUGUCGGAGGGUGACGGCUGCGCGGAGCCCACCAAGGACAUGAUGAAGCCGACGUUCACCAUGGCCAAUCUGCCUGCCGGUGUCAACACCCAACCCACGUCGACCUCAUCCUCCACUUCCUCCUCCUCUGUGGCCAUGCACUUGCAGAACAGCAUCCCUGCGACCUGCUGGCAGGUCUCGGCGGGCAUCAAUACUCACAGUGCCACCAGCAGUGCCAACGGCACGGUGCUGAAGACCUCGGCCACGUCAACGAGCGUCAUGCUACCCGGAGGGUUCACCCUCAUGUCCGGCGCAACGCUUCCCCCUGGCACGCACACCAUUCCUCUCAGUCACCUGCAGGCCCUCCAGGGCCCCUUGGCCCAGACCAGCAUCACCACCGCUACCGCAGGGCACACACAGCAGGGCCAGCAGACCACCCUGCUCCGCCUACCUGCAACUGUCUCGCUCACAGGUGGAGGGAUGGGCCAGCAGCUGCAGGCCAUUCAGGUUCACCCCAGCAGUCAGCAGAGCUCUGUGAGCCACAGUGACCUCUCCCACAUCACAAGCAGCUCCACAGUGAGCCUCCCCACCACCAUCGUCACGUCCUCGGUGCCCUCAUCGAUGGGUGGUCACAUGAUGUACCCCGGUGCCCACACUGUCAUGUACGCCACACCUACGACCUCGUUGGGCGACGGCAGUCUGACCGUGCUCAACACCUUCCCACAGACAGCCCAUACGCAGUCCCAUGACCCCGGUGCUGUAUCGCAGGUGUUCCUCACAGGACAUCCUGGGACAGUUCAGAUCCCUGUGUCGGCAGUGCAGCUCCACCCGAUGCUGAUUGGUCAGCAGUCAAGCAGCAGCAACCUCACAGAGCUUCAAGUGGUCAACCUGGACGCCCAUCACUCAAAGGACGAUUGACCCGCCCACAUAUAGACUGCUUUACCAAGACACACAUUUGAAUGCACACACGCCAGGGGAUCACUGACGCCUUGCCAACAGACUGCCACCCCUAUUUAUUACUGCCUUUUCACCGCAAUCAUUUUGUUUUUUAAAAAUAAACCGUGUAAGAAUAUGCACACACUUACAAUGGUUUUACAGAGAAUUGAGGUGUGGUGCUGCCAUUUUACUUUGUAUAUUUGUCUUUUAUUUUCUUUCUCUGCAAGAGUUUCUUGGCUUGACAUAUCCACAUAUUGCUGAGGCUACAGCUUCACAUUUCAAUCGGAGACGUGUAGUGUGUGCACAUACCGGUUGUAUGUAUUUGAACUGAAGAGGUUUUGAUAUUGUUUUUCUUACGAGUGUAUUCUCUUUUAAGCGCCCUGUGCAUCCUAAUGUUGAUUACUUAUAUUUUUCUUAUGUUGGCAUAUGAAUGAUAACUUUACAAUACCAGUUGCUGUCAUUAGGGUAAUCAUAUUUUUAUUUCAUUUCUGGGGGGAAAUGUGCAAUUGAUGCCAGUAUCUACUCGCUGAUAAUGCUACAGUUAAAUACAUAUAUAUAGUUGAAGUCGGAAGUUUACGUACACCUUAGCCAAAUACAUUUAAACUCAGUUUUUCACAAUUCCUGACAAUUAAUCCUAGUAAAAAUGCCCUGUUUUAGGUCGGUUAGGAUCACCACUUUAUUUUAAGAAUGUGAAAUGUCAGCGUAAGAGUCAUUUAUUUCAUCACAUUCCCAGUGGGUCAGAAGUUUACAUACACUAAAUUAGUAUUUGGUAGCAUUGCCUUUUAAAUUGUUUAACUUGGGUCAAAUGUUUUAAGUAGCCUUCCACAAGCUUCCCACAAUAAGUUGUUAUAUAUAUGCCAUUUAGCAGACGCUUUUAUCCAAAGCGACUUACAGUCAGUCAUGUGUGCAUACAUUCUACGUAUGGGUGGUCCCGGGAAUCGAACCCACUACCCUGGCGUUACAAGCGCCAUGCUCUACCAACUGAGCUACAGAAGGACCCAAGUUGGGUGAAUGUUGGCCCAUUCCUCCUGACAGAGCUGGUGUAACCGAGUCAGGUUUGUAAGCCUCCUUGCUCGCACACACUUUUUCAGUUCUGCCCACAAAUUCUCUAUAGGAUUGAGGUCAGGGCUUUUUUAUGGCCACUCCAAUACCUUGACGUUGUUGUCCUUGAGCCGUUUUGCCACUAUGCUUGGGGUCAUUGUCCAUUUGGAAGACCCAUUUGCGACCAAGCUUUAACUUCCUGACUGAUUUCUUGAGAUGUUGCUUCAAUAUAUCCACAUAAUUUUCUCUCCUCAUGCCAUCUAUUUUGUGAAGUGCACCAGUCCCUCCUACAGCAAUGCACCCCCACAACAUGUUGCCACCCCCGUGCUUCAUGGUUGGGAUGGUGUUCUUCGGGCUUGCAAGUUUCCCCCCUUUUCAUCCAAAACAGAACAGAUGGUCAUUAUGGCCAACCAGAUAUUUUUGUUUCAUCAGACCAGAGGACAUUUCUCCUAAAAUUACAAUCUUUGUCCCCAUGUGUAGUUGAAAACCGUAGUCUGGCAUUUUUAUGGCGGUUUUGGAGCAGUGGCUUCUUCCUUGCUGAGCGACCUUUCGGAUUAUGUUGAUAUAGGACUCGUUUUACUGUGGAUAUAGAUACUUCUGUACCUGUUUCCUCCAGCAUCUUCACAAGGUCCUUUGCUGUUGUUCUGGGAUUGAUUGGCACUUUUCGCACCAAUGUGCGUUGUGCUCGGUCUCCUAGAGAUUGUCUCCUUCCUGAGCGGUAGGACCACGUGUUCCCAUGGUGUUUAUACUUGCGUACUAUUGUUUGUACAGAUUUACGUGCUACCUUCAGGCGUUUGGAAAUAGCUCCCAAGGAUAUACCAGACUUGUGGAGGUCUACAAUUGUUUUCUGAGGUCUUGGCUGAUUUCUUUGCCUUUUCCCAUGAUGUCAAGCGAAGAGGCACUGAGUUUGAAGGUAGGCGUUGAAAUACAUCCACAGGUACACCUCCAAUUGACUCAGGCUAAUUGACAUCAUUUAUCAGAAGCUUCUAAAGCCAUGACAUCAUUUUCUGGAAUUUUCCAAGCUGUUUAAAGGCAGUCAACUUAGUGUAUGUAAACUUCUGACCCACUGGAAUUGUGAUACAGUGAAAUAAUCUGUCUGUAAGCAAUUGUUGGAAAAAUUACUUGUGUCAUGCACAAAGUAAUGUCCUAACCGACUUGCCAAAACUAUAGUUUGUAAACAUGAAAUGUAUGGAGUGGUUGAAAAACAAGUUUUAAUGACUCCAAUCUAAGUGUAUGUAAACUUCUGACUUCAACUGUAUAUAUAUACACACAGAAACAAAGCAUUACCUUUCAAAAUCAAGCUUAUGUCAGAUUCACAUAUUUGUACAUCUAUGACUCUGCACUGACUAUGCCAUGUAGCUUGACUGUGCUACACAUUGACUAUGCUGUGCUAGAGUGGGCCGAUACACUGACUUGCCCUUGUACACUGGCAGGGUACCACCACUGGUUUAGGUAAUGCCCUAUCAUGCUGUAGGUGAAGUAAUUACUUUAGAACAUCACAAAGUUCAUCUGGAAGACUGACGCAGGCACUUUUUCUGUUCUCUCUGUAAAUCUACAGCACUUGCUGUGUUGCUGCAUAGAUAGCACUGUAUUUCCCAUCAACUACUGAACUAUUGCCCCAAUUGUAAGGGGGUGUUUUCAGGAUGCUGGUUACGAUUUCAAUAUUGAAGGACAUUGUUUUAGUACCUACUUACAGUAUCAUACCCUAUGCCAGUCUAGAUUGUCGUAGACAUAUUCCAGGAUUUUGAAGAUUUAACUAUCUGUGUUGUUCCUUAGGCAGCAAAUGGAAGAAAAACUAUCAUAUCAAAACCUGUUUAGGCCAUAUUUUAGAAAUCUGCUCUGCAUGUUGGGUGUUAGUAGAACUGCACGAGUGUGGUUUUUAAAGAGGAAAUCAUCAAGUCAGUAUUUAUCGGUGUGGUUCUCUUGGGCUCAACCAUUGCCUUCAUGAGGGAGAAGCAACAACAUCAAACUGUUUUAAUAGGUAAUAAUGUUAAUUUGACUUUUGUGCGAAUCCUUGAAGGGCAAGCACCACUGUCUAUCACUUGGCUUGCCUGAACAAAGACACACAGCUUUAUGUCCACAUUCUCUACCACUUGAACAUCUUCUGAGAUGAUUUUUGACUGUUAACCAUUGUCACCUAUGUCAAAUAUAUAUUCUUCAAUUUAAAUGUAUGAAUAAAAAUGUUUGUAGUUGGUCA